UCCGGGUCUCUCGCGUUCGUGUUUGGCGACCCGUCGCCAUUAGUGCAAGCGCUCACAAACGGAUUUAUUUUUUGGUCUAAUUCUCUAAAUAUACUCGUUUUCCAGCGUUUGGAAAACAUCUACCGCCUUGUUAAGGGCACAUUGUUUUCCUUAACAAGUUAAACCCUUAAACUCGGGGGGUCUUGGCCCCGCGUGGCGAGCUUUCGUCCUCUCUUCUAACAGCCUCCAUAACUUGAGACGCCAAAAUCGUGUCUCUUAUUUUUUCUCGGGUUUGUUUUGUUGUCAAGAUGUCGCCGUGAUGGGGUCUCCGCGUUUGACAGAAAUGAAUCAGGGCCUUCGUCGCCUGACCCGCACUCAUUACAACCCGCUUUCCUCUUCAGUUUUUCUGUUUGAUGCUAGAGAGCUCGGCGGCUCUCUGCCCGGAGCUCGGCCUCUGCACUGCUCACCGCUCGGAGACAAACAUGGAGAAAAAUCCCAACAGCAGCACCAGCACCAAGGUUCCGCCCCGUUCCAGCUCCACAGGCCCUACACCGGGCGAAUCUAAACCCAAAACAGAAGGUAAAAACAAUGGAGGCUCGAAGCGCUACAACCGCAAGCGUGAGCCCUCCUUUCCCAAAACAGACACUUUCCCUGGCCCUCGCCGCACCAAUUCACAGAAAAGCAAGAAUUUUGACAAGAGACCCCCCCAGAGAGGAGGAGGACGACAGUAUGGUGUUACAGGUGGAGGACGACGCGAGGAGGUAGCAGAGACACGCCGGGCCGAGUUUAGCCCGGCUCAAUUUGCUGGACCGAAGAAAAUAAGCUUGAACCACCUGCUGAACUUCACCUUUGAACCCCGUGGAGGUAAUGGUGGCGUUGGAGAUGGAGGCCACUCCUGUUGGGGCCGCCGAAACAAAUGGGGCCACAAGCACAAGCCCUUCAACAAGGAGCUUUUUCUGCAGGCCAACUGCCAGUUUGUGGUGACUGAUGACCAGGACUACAAGGCUCACUUCACUGACCCAGACACUCUGGUUAACUGGGACUGUGUGCAGCAAGUGCGCAUCUACAGUCAUGAGGUGCCAUCUUGUCCUAUCUGCCUUUACCCACCUGUGGCAGCCCACAUCACCAGAUGUGGACACAUCUUCUGCUGGCCGUGCAUGCUGCACUACCUGUCUCUUAGUGAUAAGAGCUGGUCCAAGUGCCCCAUCUGCUACGAGGCCGUUCACACCGCUGACCUGAAGAGUGUGGUUGCCAUGGAGACCAAGCAGUACGUGGUUGGUGAUGUCAUCACCAUGCGUCUGAUGCGGAGGGAAAAAGGUGCCCUGGUGGCCAUGCCCAGCUCUCAGUGGGUGAAGGUGGAGGAACCUGUUCGCUUUGGAGAUGCGAGUCUUAGCCCGUACUCCAAGCUGCUGCUGACCUCCCCAGCUCAGGUCCUCAGCCUGCUGGCCGAGGAGAAAGCUGUUCUGAAGGCUCAACUUAGCCAGGAGGAGGACACCCAAGGUUGCUUCAUCCAGAGUGCUCUUUGUCUUUUGCAGGAGCGUGAGGAAAUGCUGCUGAAGCAGCAGAAAGAAAAUGCAGGUGACAGCCUUGACUUCUCCUCUCUGACCCUGGAAGAGCCGCCUUCCCCAGGAGAGGAAGUGGUUACUCACAUCAGCAGCACCAAGCCCGUGCUGCAGUACUCCUCUGCAUUUGAUGACGAGGUGGAGGAGGUUGCAGAGUCUGAAGAGGUCCCAGAGGACAGAGAUGCUGCCGCUGCAGAGCUGCCAGGCCCCCAGGAGGGCAUUUUGGAGUCCGUCCUGGAGGAACCUCCAGAGGCUUUGGUGGAUGCAGCUCCAGAACCCAGGCCUGAUGACGAGGGUCCUGCUAGCCAUGCAGAGCCGAGCCGCUCCUCAGCCAACACAGUACAUGUACCUUACUACUACUUCUAUCAAGCUGAGGACUGCCAGCAGAUGUUCCUGCAUCCCGUGAAUGUACGCUGUCUGUUACGUGAAUACGGCAGCCUGGAGGCCAGUCCCGAUUCCAUCACUGCAACAGUGGUGGAGAUAGAGGGACACACAGUCACCGAGGAGAUCCGCCGUCGGCAUCGCUACCUGGCUCACCUGCCGCUCACAUGCGAGUUCAGCAUCUGUGAGUUAGCUCUGCAGCCGCCAAUCCUGUCCAAAGAGACUCUGGACACCUUUGCCGAUGACUUGGAGAAGAGAAAGCGCCUGAGGCAGAAAAAGGUGAGGGAGGAGAAGCGCAGAGAGCGGCGGAUUGAGAUAGAGGAGAACAAGAAACAGGGUAAAUAUCCUGAGGUGCACAUUGGAUUAGAGAACCUUCAUCAUUUCCCAGCAUUCGGAUCUCCGCCUCACAACAGCAGCCCUCCAGUUCAGCCUGAUUUCAUAUUUAACCCCCCCUCACCCCUGAGCAGCAGCCCUUCCACUGGUGGGAUGACAUUCCCCAGUCUGAAUGGGCAAUGCUCUUCACCCAUUGUGGGUAGUGUGGAGGAAGACUCCCACUGCAUGUCCUUUGCACAGAUGCUAAGAGAUGGGAAAGCCAGAGUUGAUGCUGGGCCCAGGAUCACUCCAAAGAAAGAUACGCUGCUGGCUCCUCCGGCAGCAGACAGUGAUGGAGAGAGCGACGGGUCUGACCGUGUCCCUGUGCCCAGCUUCCAAAACUCCUUCAGUCAGGCCAUCGAAAAGGCACUUCUGCAGCUGGAUAAUGGUCCAGCUGCUCCUCCACAACCUGUGGUUGAACCAGAUGAGAAAGGCGGAAAGAAGAAAAAGAAAAAACAGAAGCUUCUGUUUAGCACAUCCAUGGUUCACACAAAGUAGACAACACUGAAGUUCAUUCACAAUCCGUUUCUUUACUUAAACUUCCUAUUUCUCUUGUUUUUACUUCCAUGCAGAGCUCUCAGAACUACGCUAUGGAAAUAGGCUUCAAAAAUUAGCCAGUGUUCAUGUUAGGUGUUAUUGUUGCUCAGCAGGCGUCAUCCCCCUUAUUGUUGGCAGUUUAAUUUGCAUUUUAUUUACAGCUAGGUCAAAGCGUUGCAGGAAAUCCUGGACACACAGAUGGGAACAUUUUGUUCUGAUGCUAAGCAAAGUAAGGGAUAAUGUGGGACUGUUAAAUUGUGUUUGCUUGAGGCUUUUUAUGGCUUUCAGAUAGCUUACUUGCAUCAAAAGAGGUUGCUGUUGGGUGUCUUCCUUUCCUGAAUUUAUCCCUGGGAGCUGCAUCAAGGUUCCCUGAGUAGUAAUGGGUAAGAUAAAUCUGUGGUGCUUUAUGUUAGAACAGCAGUCAGCCAGCUGCAGGCAAGUGCACCCAAAAUCUUUCCAGGAUACUCAGUGCCCUGAAAUUCUGAAUCUGAAAUCUCAGUUUAGAAAAAAAGAGGAAAUAUUUAUGAUUUUUUAUGUGUUAGUGCCAGCAUUUAAAACAGGAUACAUUUGGGGGGGUUGCUGCUUUGAUAUAACUGCCCUAGUUUUUUGUAACAACACAAAUACAAAAUGUGCUAAUUCCAUAGUGAGGAAGCGAAAACAGUAUUAAAGGAGAUUAGGUCCGUUGGUCCAACAAAGAUCCAGUAUAUUCUGCCUGGUUUAACCAUAAAUACGCACUUUCUUCUCAUUCAUCUUCUCCUCUGUGUCACCUUCUGUUGUAGAAAAUUUACUAACUUUUAACAUUACAGCCCCGUUUAUUUUCAGUGUUGGCAAGGUGUGAAGCUUUAGAGAUAAGCUGAUAUUAAAGAAUGCUGGUGAAACCUGCAGAGAAAAGUGGAUUUAAAAUGUUAUUUUGUUGGAGGGUUCUUUAAUUCACCUUUAUUUUGAGCAAGUUUAGACUAGUGAUCAUAACUAGUCUGAUGAAAUGAAUAAACAAAUAUGCACAAUCAA